UCCCUUCCCGCCACGUGGAUCAUCAAGACGAAAGGACGAAGAAGGAGAGAGAGAGAGAGAGAGAGAGAGAGAGAGAGAGAGAGAGAGAGAGAGAGAGAGAGAGGAGGGAGAGGUAGAGUAGAAGAGAAGAGAAAGGUAAGGGAGGAAGAGGAAAGAGGAAAGAGCGUCGACCAUGGCGGGGCGCAUCAACGGUGCACAAAGCCUCCUGCUACGCUCCCGUUCUCUCUCCUCCUCCUCCUUCUCCUCCUCCUCCUCGUCCUCCUCCUCUACUGUCUCAGCGCUUGUCUUAUUGCUAGCGCUCUCUCAUUUCUUGAUGACGUCAGCCGGUGAUGUCAGCAUCUUCCACUCCGCCCAGCCUACCGAUCCUAAUCCCUGCGCAUCUUUCCCUUGCGGUCCUGUUGGUAGCUGCAUUCCACUCAAGGGAGAGAAAAAUGGCUUUACGUGCGAGUGUGAUUUCGGCUUUCAACAAGAAGACAAGGAGGGACCUUGCGUAACUAUUGAUUUGUGCGGAUUUUACCCUUGCGGUCCUGUUGGCUCCUGUGUUCCAGAUAAGGGCGGGAUAAAUUAUACGUGCCUGUGUGAUGACGGCUUUCACCAAUUAGACAAGACGGGACCUUGCGAAGACAUUGAUGAGUGCGCGGGGUCUGAUAACCCGUGCGCACCUGGGAAUUGCAGCAAUACACUAGGGGAUUACAUGUGCGAAUGUCCGUCGGGAUACGUGGAGGGCGUCGGGCAUGGUGAGCGUGCGUGCAUCCGAGAUGUUCACGCUUGUAAAGGCGAGCCUUGUGGUCCCGCUGGCAGGUGCGUGCCGGCGGCAGAGGGGGGAUACAGCUGCGACUGUGUGCCGGGAUUUGCCCCCGCGAAGGGGACCGCCGGUCCUUGUCUUGAAAUUGAGGACCCGUGCAUUGGCAACCCUUGCGGAUCUGGAGGGACGUGUGAGAGGGUGCUUGGCGGGGGAUAUCGCUGCUGUUGUUCGCCGGGAUAUACCCUGCCGGAAAUGUUCAAGCAUUUUGGCGGGAAAUGUGUGAAGGUAAAGAACUAAUCAUCAAGCUAUUUGGCGGGAAGUGUGUGAAGGUAGAGUAGAGAACUCACCAUCAAGCGUUUUGGCGGGAAGUGUGUGAAGGUAGAGAAGUGUUCUUGUUCACCGGGGGAUAUAGUCUGCCGGAAAGGUGCAAGCGUUUUGGCGGGAAAUGUUUGAAGGUAGAUGACUAAAUCAUCGAUCGUUUUGGCGGGAAGUGUGGGAAGGUAGAGAAACUAAUCUGCAGCAGCUGGACGAUGGGGUUUUGUAUCAGUGAGUGGGUGGGGGACUAGUGAUUGAUUGAUUGAUUGAUUGAUUGAUUGAUCGGUGAUUUUUUGAUUGAUUGGAGUGAUGGAUGGUUGAUGAUUAGUGAAGUGGGGAUUGAUUGAUCGACCGAUCGAGUGGUAAUAUGAGAAGAAGAAGGUAAGCAAUUGCCAAAAUUGAAAUUGCUCUUCACACGCAAUAGAAUAGCUUUUCGUUUCAUACAUGCGUGUACACCGCUGAUGUCGCGCACGCUUUCCCCUACAUGUCUCAACAGGGUGCGGCCAGGUCUCAUCAGGAGGCUUCCCACACACCCUUUGCCUCUCGGCCCACCGUUCCCUACCGCCCAGAGCGACGAGAAGGUGCGGGAGAGGUGAUUAGAUUGGGAGAGGGAGGAGGAAAGGAGAAGAGGUGAGAUGUGAUUAGAUUGUACGUAGAGUUGAUGGGGGGUGUGAACCGAGAGAGAUGCGACGAGAAGGGAAGGGAGAAGGAGAAAAGGGGAGGGAGAAGAAGAUAGUUUUUCAGCAGCUAGUAUGGUGGGAAGGAGGUACGUGGUCGGAUUUUCUUGGCGGGAGUAGAGGUUAUCAUAUGUAUAUAUUCGAAACUCCGACGAAACAGUUUGUCACAGUCCCUGGUUUGUUGUCCUCUUCUCCCUCUCUCUCUGCCUACGGUUUACCGGGCAGUUCUGUUGACGAUGUACUUAUACAUACAUAUAGAUAUAUAUAUACAUAUAUAUUAAUUGCUCUUCUUUUCCUCGAUAAGGACUGUGAUGGCGAUGCUCAAGCUUUUUGUCGGGAAGUGGCAGAAAAAGGUGGGCAACUGAUCAGCCUGAUGAUGAUGAUGGGAUGUGAUCUCGUCAGUCGAUUACAGGAAUUGAUUAAGUGAGUGAUCGAUCGUUGAUUGGCUGCGUACCAAGUGGCGGUAUCACUUGGUAAUUGAUGAAUCUGCAGGUUGUUUGUGACCAGAUUCGUGAUCUGUUCAUUUGAUGGAUUCAUCAAGCGAUGAAACCACGAGGAGGAGGGGAGGGGAGGGGAAGAUUCGGAGAAACUACCACUAUUAAGACGGGGAUUUGGGAAUUCGCCGUCGAUUUGUAUUUUACUAUGUUAAGCAGUUAUCGGGAAUUGCCAGAGAGAAGCUGAUAGGGAGGGGGAGGGAACCGAUCAGCUCUUGAUUGAUUGAUUGAUUGAUCGAUGGGCAUGAGGAAAUAUAGUUAGUCGUCAAGAUUGUUGCUGGACUUGAAGAUAUAAUCAGGAGGCAAAGAGGAUUGCAUGAAGCGUCUGAAUCUGGACGUGUUUUAUGCAGAGAUGCCGGUUGGUGAAUUGAAAUUAUGGUAUCAUAUCAGGAGGAGGAAAGACGGACCUCAAGAUAUAAUCGGAAGCGGUUUUUUUGAUAAAGCUUCUUUGUCGAUGGGUUACUACCUAGCUCUGUAUUUGACCACAAAAGCGACCAGAUUCGGUCGAACAAUUUAUGUAUUUGACCGCAAAAGCGAACCAGAUUCAUUCGUAAAGUUCUGAAUUGGUCUAGGUGAGGGUAGGAAGGCAUUAUGGUAGGUGGCUAUGACUCUGGCGUGGGUUAUGAUGAAGCAAGGAAGCUUCUUCCUCGCAGGGCUACUCAGUUCUGCAUUUGACUGCAAAAGGCGACCAGAUGCAGUCCGAUAUAAGUCAGAGGGUUUGACAUGCCAUGAGU